GUGAAACAAGAUGCAUUUGGUACGUUGACGUAAGUAACGGGGGUUUCCAACAUUUUCUCAAAGAAACACACGCAAAAAUGGGCGACACGGAACAACGUAGGAGCAUAGAAUUCAAGAAAUGCCUCAACGAGAUAGGCAAGAAGCUAACAGACGAGCAGCUGGAAUCCUUGAAGUUUCUGUGCUCCGACUUCAUCGGUAGAAAGCGUCAGGAAGAAAUCACCAGGCCCCUGCAGCUGUUCCAGGCCCUGGAAGAGCGGGACAAGUUGAGGUUUGACAACACCGGCUUCCUGAAGGAGAUCUUGCGGACGGAGAAGAGAGAGGACCUGGUGAAAGACAUCGAGACCUUCGAAGCCCGUCUACAGCACCUGUGUACCGACUCCAACCCGACACAGACUAGCGGGAGGCUCACGGCUAGAGGAGGUACAGGGCCCCAAAGACAGACAUCUGUGCCCCAAGAUGCUCGUUGGCGGGAACUUUUCGAUAUCGUUGAAAACAACUUGGGCAGGAACUGGCGCCAGCUGGCCCGCAAGCUUCAGCUUUCAGAAACGGACAUUGAGUGCAUCUCUGAGGACUAUUCACGUAAGCUUCGCGAGCAGGGCCGGCAGGCGCUACUUCUGUGGAGCGACAGGAACGAAGACGCUCGUUACGCAGACCUGGUCACAGCGCUCCGCAGGUGUCAGCUGAACGACAUCGGAGACCAGCUGGAGAGGAAGAUUGCGUCCUGGAACAACCAAUAAUCACGACUCUUGUGCAGAUUCAGUAGCUGCUUUUGAACCAACGCCUUUUAUGUUAAAGCAUUUGUUAGUCCAAGUUUGCUAUAGCUGGUUUUUGUUACCUACAGUGCAACAGUGACGUGCCAUUAGUGCUGUGUACUGGUUCGCUGGAACUAGUUCUAGACUUGUAAAAAUGUUUAGGUUCAAGUCCAAAAAAAACUGAACGUCCGGAAUUUACAUUGCAAAAUGAAGAAAACAUUGCCAAUGGGCAUCCUCAAGUGUCGGUCCCCAUAAAUUGUGGCCAGAGUUUUGCCCAGACGUGCCCCGCAAACAU